AUGGUGAAGGAAACGGGUUACUACGACCUGCUGGGCGUGCGGCCGGGCGCCAGCCUGGAUGAGAUCAAACGCGCCUACAGACGCCUGGCACUGCGCUACCACCCCGACAAGAACCCCAGCGAGGGAGAGAGGUUCAAGCAGAUAUCGCAGGCCUACGAGGUGCUGUCGGACGCGCACAAACGAGCUCUGUACGACCGCGGCGGAGAGAGGGCCAUGAAGGAGGGAGGGCUGGGUGGCCGCGGGGGGGG